CAAUGUGAUGCGACCGUUCCCUGGGCCUGUCAAAGUCUUAUGAUUCGUGCGAAACGUAACCCGACCCGUUCGAACCAACAUCAGCCAAUUAUAAAUAGCCACGUAACCUACUUCCUGGUCACGUAAGAGAUCCUCUUUCUCUCUCUUUUCUCCGUCACCGGCAAAAACACCAUGGGCCCUCGCUGCCGUCUCUUCUCGAGACCAAAUUUCAUCGUUACUACUCAAAAGGUAUCUCCGUCAACUCACGGCGAAAUCACUUAAACGCCGUCAAGUACCUAUUUUUCUCCACUUAUAUAAAUGACCCACGGCCCGUCUUCUCUCUGUCUCUCCGUCCUUUAAACAAAACCCUGAGCUCCGUACCAGUUCCCGGGUAACCCGCUUACCCGGAUUCCUGCCCCCGGAAUAUUUAUUUUGGGUUUAUCCUACUAUUUAAAGGUCCUCUCCAAGAAGAGAAUAUUGCUGCUCUCUUUCUCCAUCUUGAUAUUUUUUUAUUCAGAGUAACUUUGCUUCAAGAGAGUGACAAAAUAUUUUCAGAUUUUUUUUUUUUUUUUUUUAAUUUUGCUCCAAGAAGAUGGUAUGAUCCGGUGCAAUGGUUAAGUUCAGUCUGUGAUUUCUUCUCCCAUUCUUGCUCAUCGCUAAACCGAGCUGAGGAACAGAGCUCAAUAGCAUCAUUAUAAAAGCAAAUCCUCAAGUAAGUUUCAGAUAAACACGCUUAACCUGCAGACAUCGAUACAAAAGAAACUUCGGCUCGCACCUCGCAUGAGAAAUAAAAAGAGAAUAUACAAGGGAACGGGGUCUUUACUUGGGCUUAAAAGGCAGAGCGCAAAAAGAAGAGUGCAAAGAUGUUUACUUGCAUAAACUGUACAAAAACAUCAGACAGAGACGACGAGGAUGAAGAUGGAGCGCGUGGGAGCACCACUCCCAACACUAAAGAAGCCGUUAAAAGCCUAACUACACAGAUUAAAGAUAUGGCGUCAAAAUUCUCUGGUGCUUCUAAACAAUCCAAGCCACCAUCUGGCUCCUCAAGCAGCAACUUGAGGAGAGAGCUGAGAAAGUAUCCGGAUUUCGACGCUGCAUCAGAUAGUGUUCCAUACCCUUAUAUGGGUGGUGGAAGCACAAGUUCUACUCCUGCUUGGGACUUUACAAGCUCUUCCCAUAAUCAAGGAGGACGGGCAGACUCAAGGUUUACAUCAAUGUAUGGCGGUGAACGCGAAUCCAUAUCUGCUCAGUCUUGUGAUGUGGUGCUAGAAGAUGAUGAGCCAAAGGAGUGGAUGGCUCAAGUAGAGCCUGGUGUUCACAUUACAUUCGUCUCACUUCCCAGUGGAGGAAAUGAUCUUAAACGGAUACGUUUCAGCCGGGAGGUAUUUGACAAGUGGCAGGCUCAGAGGUGGUGGGGUGAGAACUACGACAGAAUAGUUGAGCUUUACAAUGUUCAGAGAUUUAAUCGGCAAGCCCUUCAAACCCCUGGUAGAUCUGAAGAUCAGUCACAGAGAGAUUCAACUUAUACAAGAAUAGAAUCAGCAAGAGAAAGCAGAGACUGGACUCCAAGACACAACUACAGACCUCCAGGAGGAAGCAGCAUCCCACAUCACUUUUACGGACCACCAAUGGACGCAGCAAGAAUCACCACCUCAUCUAGGGACGACCCACCUUCUAUCAGUAACGCUAGUGAAAUGCAAGCCGAGUGGGUCGAAGAAGACGAGCCUGGGGUUCACAUUACCAUCAGACAGUUACCUGAUGGAACCAGAGAGUUACGCCGUGUCAGAUUCAGUCGAGAACGGUUUGGGGAAGUGCAUGCUAAGACAUGGUGGGAGCAGAACAGAGACAGAAUACAAACACAAUACCUCUAAGGGGGGGAAAGAGAGAGAGACCAAUGUUUAAUCUUCUUUAACAAAACAUCGGUAUACACAAAAUGAGAUUGUGAUAUGAACACAAAAUGAGAAGAAAAUUUUGUUAUUAGAGGAUUGUAGUUUAGUUUAGUUCUCGGCGUUUUGACAGAUGUGUAAUUUUUCAGACAGAUAAGAUGAGGUUUUUAUUUUAUUUAUU